AUGAGAGCUGAAAAGCGCAUUGGAACCUCUCGGAAUCCUCUCAUUUCUGAUGCAGAGCAGACUCAAGCAGUUCUGGCAGCCAUGGAUGAUGAUCCCAAUUCGACACGCGGACCACGCCGCAUCAAGGAAUCAUUAGGACAUCAAGGUAUUCAUAUUUCACGUGACAAAGUUACGCAGGUUAUGCAAGAUCAUGCACCUGAGGGAUUUCAACAGCGCGCACCAGGGACCAAGGUAAUACAUCAGACUCAAUUACACUCGAACGGUCCAGAUGAUAAUUGGUCAAUGGAUGGGCAUGAUAAACUCGCAAAGGCUGGCUUUGAGAUAUAUGGUAUUCGAGACAAGUUCAGUGGUAAAUUCCUUUAUUAUGUGGUCUUACCAUCGAACCGGUAUGCCGCUGUAAUUGGUGUAGUCCUUCUUAAAUGCAUAAAGAAAUAUGGCAAAAUACCAGUGCAAGGGUCAACAGACAGAGGGUCUGAAGUGCGGGAUGCAUUCUCCAUACACUCGACACUCAGACAAGUUUUCACUCCGGACCUCAUUGAGGAGCUAAUACCAACAUGGAACUUUCUACCAAGCUACCGGAACAUCACAAUAGAGCGCAGCUGGCAGCCUGUCUUUGAGAAAUGGGGAGUUAAUGUUCUUUCUUUUUAUAAUGCUGGCCGAUAUGGUGGGGAUUUCAGACAAGGUAAUGACCUACAUCAGCAAACAUCUAAUUGGAUAUGGUACCCCCUUGUUCAACGAGAACUUGAUACAUUUUGCCUUGAGCAGAAUUCUCACUGUGUCCGCAAGCAGAAGGAUAAGCUGCUUCCAAGUGGUGGAUCAGCUGAUGAUUUCUACUUUUUUCCAGAAAAGUAUGGUGGUCAAAACUGUGGCAUUGUAGUGGAUAUGAAGAUUGUUGAUCAGCUGUUAGAUGAUGCAGUAGAGGGUCAGGGUCGAAUGCGCUAUGUUGAUGAGGAAUUUGAAUCACUCGCUGACGCAGCUUAUGUUGCUAUCGGGGCCCCGAGUAUUGACUUACAUAGUGCUUGGAUUGUUUUUAGACAUAUGAUUGCUCAAUUAUCUUAG